UUGUUGUCGUCCUGUGUGCCGUGAGAGCAGCAUCGCUCAGCCACCUAUCCAGCCCAAAGUGUAAAACUAUGGACCAGAUUAAUAACAUUGAAGUCGUCCCAUGCACCAACUCCAACUAUUUAAAACCGUUCAGGGUGCACUAUAAUCAGAAUGGUACAAAGAAGUCCUGGGACUUCAUGCGAACCCAUGACAGUGUCUCAGUGCUGAUCUUCAACACCACCUCACAUUGUUUUGUCCUCGUCAAGCAGUUCCGUCCAGCUGUAUACAUGUGCGAGUGGGAGCGGACUAAGCCUCAGCCUCACGAAACUGCUGAGAAAGCUGAUGAGGGAGCAGCCGAAGCCGCUGGCCCAGAGUCUCAGGAGGGCCCGACGGUCCCAGAGGAGAAAAACUCUCCUCCACAGCCCCCAGCCUCAGCAGGGGUGACCUACGAGCUUUGUGCCGGGCUGGUGGACAAACCCGACCUCUCCCUAGAGGAGAUUGCCCGGCAGGAGGUGCUGGAGGAGUGCGGCUAUGAUGUGCCUGCUUCUAAGCUGAGGAGGAUCACCUCUUACAGGUCAGGCGUCGGUGUGACGGGUGCUAAGCAGACUAUGUUCUACGCCGAGGUGUCAGAUGACAAUUGUGUCGGCGAGGGCGGCGGUGAGCCACAGGAGGGAGAGCUGAUCGAGGUGGUCAAGGUACCCCUGCACGAGGCCAUGACGUUCGCUUACGACGAAAGCAUUCCCAAAACCAUGGGCGUCAUCUUUAGUUUCAUCUGGUUCCACAAUAACAUGUCACCCAAGUACAAGAUCUCCACCAAUGUGUAACGAGAAUUAAACAGCCCCUUCUAUCAUUAUUCCUCGCCCAAAUGAAAUCAAACACUGGCCCGGCACAUCCCCCCUUUCCCCCAUGGCCCUUCAUUCUUUAUUGCCUUUUUGCUCAUUGGUACAUGAUGAUGGGUAGGCCCCUUGUCAUGUUGCCAGCAUGCGUGUUUUAAUUUUGUCCUAUCACCUUUUUUAUGUUUAUGUGGUCUUACUUUUCCCUAAAAACAAAUCUGCCAUAUGCUGGGGGUCACUGGCACUUAUUUCUCUUCUUGAUAUAGUUUUGGUAUGGUUAUCCUUUAAUUUACAGUGCCAUCUUGCUUAAAUGGCUGUAUAUCACUGGUGUCAUUUGCCUACCCUUGAUUAAGCCAUGAUCCAGUAAUGCAAAAACAAUGCUUAGUCAAUGGUGGGGCCUUGUAACGAUAAAAGUGAUUAGUGUGAUUUAUUAACCACCACUUGUUCAGGCAUGCCUCAUUUAUUUCUCUGUGAUCCACAGCCUCUAAGCAAUACUUAACAUGGUACCCCAAGGCUAAACAAUCACUCACUGUCACUGAAAUGAACUCUUCACUUUGUCACAAAGUGUCAAGGAAGCAGAGCCAGCGGACAUAAUAUUACACUUCAUUAUACAAGGAAACUGGGCAUUGUGUAAUUAGGCUACAUUUCGUUAGACACCAUACAUCAGAAUUGUUCACCUACCUCUGCACUGAGGGCCUAUUUUGCAGUAUUCAGCAUAUCACUAAUUGAGUACUCAAGCACAAUCUUAAUUUACAGCGUAUACAGGGACUUGUCUUAAGUCAUAUGUGAGAACCAAGUCUGGCCUUUUCACAUUUAGUGAUUUAACAAUCUACAGUGGGUUCCAUUGGUAUUAGCAUACAAGUGAAAUCCCUGGAUUCACUUUGACGUCAUCUCGCAAAAGGGUGCAUCUAUAAGGCCCUUUGUUUUGGAGAGAUGAGUUUGAGUUUUGUUGAUAACAACAUGUUUUAUUUAUUUAUUUUUUUACAAGAAUUUUCCCCCCUACCUUAAAAGGAAUAUGGGUAGUCCAUCCUUAAUUACUUAAACUGUGUUUUUCCUGAUAGAUUACACUGAAGAGAGAGUAGAAAUAAAGGCGAGAGCUAUGCCAAAAAGCAAGAGAUGUGGUGUAAACCCAGCAAGGCCAAAUUAGAUCUGCUAUUGAGUUUCCAUUCAUUCUGUGCCACUUUGUCCAGCACUUGCACCUCACAAAGAGUUUGUCUGUAAAAUUUUAUUCACAGCUUUCAUGUCAAUCAAGUCAUUUGUUGGCAGUAUUAUUAAUUCCUGGCAUGUCACCACGAAGCACCAAAACUGAGGGUUUUUUUAUACAAAUUAAUGGAGAAUUAAGAAGUCUAAAAUAACUUCAACUGUUUAAAAGGCUAUGUUUGAUUACAAUUUAUCUGGGAAGGUGUUGAAAUGGCAUGGUUGUGCAGUGCUUAGAUGGUCAUAAGGGCGGAAAAUUAAGCUUACAAAAGUAAACCUCAAAAGCAGUUUGCCAAAAUCUCAGGUCCAAACAGUCAACCCAGUGGUCAUAUUCAGGGAUCCAACCACUCUAGUGGUUUAAUGGCAUCUCUGGGUGAGAUGAUGACCGACCUGUAAUUACAUGUCAAGACCACCUGCAGCUUAAAUAACUGUAAGCAUAACAUGCUUGUUAUUCUUGCUAUAUGGCAGCACUUUGUAUAUCCAAAUCCUUGAUUUACCAUUUCACAUACUGACAGAAAGACAUUCACUGAAAAUUAUGCGAUUACUGCUCACUUAAAAGUCAUUACAUAUGGAUUAAUACUAUAAUGAGAGAAUUCUGCAACGUACUGCUACAACAUUCACUGGCAGAUUUUUUAACGGUUCCAGAGUGGCCCUGCUGCACUGAGUGUUUAAGACUUUGACUGCUCUGUCGACCACUUGGUGCAAAGUUUAGAAGUUAAAAAGUUUGUGAAAGAAGGGGGAAGCCAAGUGAAAUGUUUUAAGUGUGUUAAAACAAAACUAACUAACUCUCUUGUCUGAACAGCUUAGAGGUUUGGAACCUACAAAUUAAAAUAUUCUGAAAUAAUCUUGAAUUGUUAUGGGUAAGUGACAAUUAGAAGUGCAAUGUGUCCAAUAAUUAGUGUAGAUUAAUAUUAAUGAAGUUGUAGCUGGAGCCAACAGGAAAGUUAAAUCAGUUCCUUUGAGUUACAAUAACAAUAAUUUGUUUGUCUUUCCUCUUGGCUAUAAUUUCCCUUCUCAAAUGUCUGCGUCCUCAUACCUAUGAACCCUUGGGGAUGUUAUGUGACGCUGGUUGGGAUUACACCUGUACCUAACUUGUAACAAACUGCACCAUGCUUAAUUUUGGGAGAGAAAAGACCUGAAUUAGUUUCGGUGCAGAUAUUUGGUUCCAUUUGAGUUCCAGUAGCAUAGUUGUUACCUGGCCAAUUGAUCAGAAAAAAAGGAAGUAAACUGAUCCAAACGUUCUUAUCAGUGCACCCUCUCUCAAACUUUUGAGAAGUCAUUCCUGUUCAAACCUUGUAGCUGUAGCUAUCCUUCCCAUUCACCUGGUCAUGGAGUUCUCCUUGGGGUUUCUUUCUCUUGUCCAUCCAAGAUCACUCUUUGAUGCCGGAUUGCAUAGUUUGCUGGAAUUCCUUGAUUUGAUUUUAGUUUGUUAAUUUUCUUGGAAGACAAUUCAAUGAUUGAUUAAUUAUUCCCUGUUCUCUCAGGACUAAUGUAGCCUGAUGAGGUCCAAGUUCCAAAGUAUAUGUGUUGUAGAAGAAAAAAUGAGAUAACUCCUAUGCAUAGCCACAAAAACUCAAUUCACAGUGUAUGUUCAAGACUAAGUCUGAUUCUCUUUGAUUACCACUUGCUGGUAUUUACUUUUGGGCCACAAAGUUGAAAAUACACACACGCAACCUACUGAUGCAAAGCAGUGGGUGGUCCUACGCAUUCUACUUGUUGUGAUUAUCCUGCCUCUACCAUGGUCAUUUGCUAAGAAUAUAAAAUACAGCAUUAGCAAAUUUUUGUUGUAAGUUUUGCACUCAAAACGGAAAGUUUAUGAAGCAAAAGCUUACCGUUGUAAGCUUGUUGAUAACUUGAUUGAUAGCUGUGCCACAGUUGAUAACAAGUGAACUUUGUCAACUGUGCUUUUCAAUGUUGUUAUGGUUACAAGUUGCGUAGCAUAUGAAUUUAGAAUGGUGAUUAAAUGAACUAUGAUCCAAACUAUACCUGCAAUACAUGGUUUUAACACACACCUGCCAGCCAAUCAGAAAAGAGUAUUCACCCAGACCGUGGUAUAAACAUAGUUAAAUUGGGGGCAUUUCAGGCUUAAUCUCAAGACACCGUGGAAAAAUGUAGGAAGCUCCUCUGGAAAAGCUUGAAAGUGACAACUGAAUCCUGGUUGGGGGUUACGUCUUAAUAUCAUGAGGCCCCCACAUGAUACUCCUUCCCUCCAAAGAGGGCUUUAGUCGAUUUUUUUUUUUUUUUUUGAAUUCUGUUGAUUUCUAUCAAACACUCACAAGUCUUCUUUUAAUGCAUAUUAGUGGUGUGUGUUUCUCCAUGAUUUACAUGAUGAUGAAUAGCCUCUCAUGAAAUAUCGUCAAAUGAUUCCUUUAGUGCAAAAAGAGUGAUAUCAGGGAAUUAAAUAGAAUUGUACUCUCACUAGAUCAGUGACCUCAGUCCCUUCCUCUGUAUCGACUCCACGUUGGUCCAUAUGACAAUCUUUUCUUGCCAGUCUGUCUCGGUUGAAUGAGAUUUGAGUGAAUUAUUGGACUGUGCACAAUGAGAGUAGUUUAAAGGAGAACUCCACUGAAAGAUUUCCGAUGGUGCUGAUAGUUUCUACUUUUUCAUGUGGUUGGCUUUCUUUUUUUUUUUCUUCUUCUUUUUUUCAUCAGGUAUUUUCACAAUCUCAUACAGAGUGUUAAGUGCACCCACCUCAGAAAUUCAUGAUCACACACUUUUUUUCCUCAUGAAAUAACAGAAAAUAAAAUCUAUUACCUACAUUUUAAUACCAUAACCAUAAUCAACCGACUGCUGUAAGGAUGAAAAAAAAGAUCUCUUUUGUGUAUUUUCAGCAAAAUCAUUCUUUUUUUCUGAAAUGAAACACGGUGGUUCAGAUGUGCUUGGUCUAAAACAUUGAUGAUAAUCCCUCUACACCGUGACAAAAAAGCCACAUAAACUUUCACGGCCAGUCUGUAACUGUACGUCUCUGCUGCCUCUUUGGCUACAACUGUCUUUGCCUUUGAACAAAGUUUUUGUAAAAUAGGGGGCUGUAGAGACUUCCACUUAAAAAAAAAA